AUGUUAUGCAUUCAACUAGUCUAUUUAAAUCAUCGUCAAUCAGGCGCACGUCAUUAUGUCCUUCUUGCAAAUGUUUUUCUACUUGUAGUCGUACAACAUGUUCAUGCUCGUGCAAAUCAACCUCGGUCUCAGGUCUCGUCAGCAAUGAUAUUUCGUCCAACAGCCAUAUCGACCCCAGCUCAAUCAGGGAUGUUAUUCCAUCCAAUAGCUAUAUCAACACCACUUGAAGAUAAUACAUCAACGAUAAAAGACAUAUCUGAAAAUAUCAAUCAUCGUUGUACAAAUAGUCAUAUUGGCGUUUUAAAUUCGACAAUAAACAAUCAACAGCAUUUAGUUAAUAUAGCACCGGAUAACGCUUAUAAUUUUAUCGGUGCAGCUGUUUUAGCUUAUAAACCUGAAUCAUUAGAACAUUUGUUUGCUGGUAGUGCAACUGUACUUGUCAAUGAUAGUGUAACAGUACCCAUUUUACGACGUGUGAUUGUUUGA